UUACAGAUGGCCGAGGGGCGAUCGCGCGUGCAGCAAAAUGACCUGCUGCUGCACGAGGCCGUCAUCAAGAACGAACCCGAGGCCGUGCGCGAGGCCCUGCGGAGGCCUACAGAUGUCAACUGUAGGAACAACUACGGGCGCGCGCCGGUGCACUGGGCGGCCAGCCGCGGCAACGUGGAAAUCGUCAACUUGCUCAUCGACGCGAAAUGUGACAUCGAAGCUGCUGACAAGUUCGGCAUGCGACCCCUCCUCAUGGCGGCGUGGCACGGACACUUGGCGGCAGUGAAGACACUGGUCGACGCCGGCGCAUGUCUGGCUGCUACGAAUAAAAAAAACAACGACGUUCUCCAGUGCGCGUGCAGCCGAGGAGCCACAGACGUGGCCGCGUACGCCAUCUCCCUCGGAGCCAAGGUUCAGAACACCGAUACUGCCGGAGACGCGCCGCUGGCGCUAGCGGCACGAGCGGGGCACACGGCGACAGUGGAGUUACUGCUGGACAGUGGGGCUGACAUAGAUGCCGUCAAUAAGGCUGGCCGUACAGCAUUGCACGUAGCUUGCGAAGGCGGCCACUCGCAAACCUGCGCUCUCCUGGUGACCCGCGGGGCCGACCGGGAGUUCAGGGAGCAGGCGGGGCGGACACCCCUACAUCUAGCGGCGGUACACAGGCACACAGACUUAGUGAGGACCCUCUUAGAUCACGGGUGCAACGUGGAUGCUACUGACCAGAACGGGGUGACGGCGCUUCAGAUGGCUUGUGCGCAGGGCUGUCGCGGCAUUGUGGAGCAUUUGCUCGCCUUCAACGCCGACGUGCAUUUGCAAAAUAACGUGGGAUCGUCUGCACUCCACGCCGCGUGCGCGGCCGACGCCACCGACAUCGUCGAGCUCCUGUUGGCUCACGGCGCUGAUCCGGCCCUCACUGACCAGUGGUCACGCUCUCCGGUGAGCAUCGCCGGCGGCGCCUCCGACGGGCCUCCAGAGGGCUUCCGCAGGGCGGCGCGGGGCUCCUUCUCCGCCAUCUUAGGGCUGCUCACUGCCACAGCCAACCUCGACCACCAGGACCACUCGGACGGGUCGACCACGCCGCGCGACAAGUCCGGCGGACACUCACCCGCUGCCAGCGAAGGUGUAGAAGGCGAGGGCGAGCGGUGAUGGUCAGCGACGGUGCUGUUGGAUCGCCUGGCGCAGCGCGGCUUCGCGGCCGACACGCGCCUCGCCCUGCCGCCC